GAGAGAGAGCAGGAGAGAGAGAGAGAGAGAGAGAGAGAGAGCGCAGGUGACAGAGCUGAAGAGGAGCGCCAGUUUCUGUUCACAUCAUUUCACCGCUUGUAGCUGGUCAGAGCGUCGCCUCCGGUCGGGAAAUACACUUUUCUUUUUCAAGGGUUUCAAAAACUCUCAUUUGCUCAUUUUGUUUGCUUCACUUUUGGAAAAGCAAUUGCAUAUUUCUAAAGACACGUUGAUUAUAAUCAUGGAGAGUUUGGCGCUCCGGGUGGAAUGGAGAGUCCAGUAGCUGCACCGCGUUUGUGUCCAGCCAUCACCGUGUGGAUAUUGUAACAGGUAGAGCAGAACAGAACACAAGACAACAGAAAACAGCGCCUGGUUUUUGGGAUUAAUCUGCGUGUAGAAAACGCGAUUCCGUUUUUUGUUCAGUAGCGUCUCUGAAACACGCAGGAGCUCAUGAGAAACUCGUACAUGGGAACUUCUGAGGACGACAAGACGCGUUCGCCCGCGCCAUCCAUGCUUUCUUAUGAAUUCAUGUGUCGGUAAGUGUUUUCGCAAGUUCGUACCCACGCCUCUAAAACAAAAAGGCACUAAUUAUUUGGAUUCCUUUAGCUCACUGUAGUCUCUACUACCCGCGUCCUUAUUUCCAAACACUUCAUGCCCAUCUACCAGCAGUACUUAGAGGUCGGACCUGCGAGCUCCUGCUCCUUUACCACGCUGUGGAUUGAGACUGUUUCGGGUUCACACAGAACUUGAGGAAGUCGGAUAAAUAUAAAGCGGGAUUUGCUUGGGAAUUUUGAUUCCAAAUCCAUCAAUUCCAAGAGGCUGCUCCAGCACGAACCCCUUCACUAGCUGCUCUUUCAGGAUGCUCUUCAUGAACAGGCCAUCUUCCUCAGGCUGGGUCAGAGCCAUGGACACACGACAUGGAGUGGUUGCCAUCACUUUCCUGGCUUUCUUUAUGCAAGUAGUGGUGGAGGCUACCUCAUGGUGGUCUCUGGCUAUGAAUCCGCUGCUGAUUCCCGAGGCUUACAUCAUAGGCGCACAGCCGCUCUGCAGUCAGUUGGCAGGCUUGUCCAAAGGCCAGAAGAAGUUGUGCCAGCUGUACCAGGACCACAUGCAGUACAUCGGCGAGGGCGCCAAGACUGGGAUCCGUGAGUGCCAGUACCAGUUCCGCCACCGCCGCUGGAACUGUAGCACAGUGGAUAACUCUUCAGUGUUUGGCCGUGUCAUGCAGAUUGGAAGCCGCGAGGCAGCGUUUACAUACGCAAUCAGCGCAGCGGGCGUUGUGAACGCAGUGAGUCGAGCGUGCAGGGAGGGUGAGCUGUCAAGCUGUGGCUGCAGCAGGGCGGCUCGGCCCAAAGACCUUCCGCGAGACUGGCUCUGGGGAGGCUGCGGAGACAACCUCAACUACGGUUACCGCUUCAGCAAGGAGUUUGUGGAUGCCCGUGAACGAGAAAAGACCUAUGAGAAAACCUCCAUGGAGAGCGCACGACUCCUGAUGAACCUCCAUAACAACGAAGCAGGGCGGAGGAUGGUAUCUGACCUGGCUCACGUUUCGUGCAAGUGCCACGGCGUUUCAGGUUCAUGCAGCCUAAAGACCUGCUGGCUGCAGCUGGCUGACUUCCGCAAAGUGGGAGAUGCACUGAAAGAGAAGUAUGACAGCGCAGUGGCCAUGAAGAUUAACACACGUGGCAAGCUGGUGCAGGUGCACUCCAAAUUCAACCCGCCCACCAACCACGACCUGGUGUAUGUGGAGCAGAGCCCAGACUACUGCGUGCAGAACCACAGCACGGGCUCACUGGGCACGCAAGGGCGUCUCUGCAAUAAGACCUCGGAGGGCAUGGACGGUUGCGCGCUCAUGUGCUGCGGCCGUGGCUACGACCAGUUCAAGGCUACGCUGGUCGAACGCUGCCACUGCAAGUUUCACUGGUGCUGCUAUGUCAAGUGCAAGCGCUGCACAAGGGUCGUCGAUCAGUUUGUGUGCAAGUAGCACGCUCCAAAUUGUAUUUUAUUUUUAUUUUUUAUCAGAAAGAGAGCGUGUGUUGUGUGCAAGUAGGAUCCCUUUCCCGGAAGAAGACGGGAGAACCUUUGGGAAAGUUGGGCAAUGGAAAGUGGAAAAAAAAACUAUAUAAAUUAUAUUUAUAGAGUCAAAACAAUUAUACUGUUUCAGAAAAGACUGACCUCUUUUGUGUGUAUUUUUUUUACAUUCUCAAAGCAAUAGGUACAAGAAGAUUAAAGAAACAAAGAGUAUUUAUUUUCUGUCAUUUUUCUUUUGUCCCCCGGCCUGUUCUUUCUAAAGUGGAAUUUGUCACAGCGAGUGCAAUCCGACUACCCGGACCUUCCCGAUUAUCCACAAAAGGGUAAAUCGGUUCAUUUUGGCCCUUUAAGAGGUUCAAGUGCCGCACUGGCAUUUUACUCAACCGCACCGAGUGACUUGAGUAAUGCGGUGCCGUAGUGUUUCGUUUCAGUCUCAACCACUGUCUGCCUGGGUUUGUAUAUCACUAAGAGUGGAUAUAUCAUGGUUAUUGUGUGCUGCAUGGAUAAGCUGAUUGAUGUGUCUUAAACCCAAGCACACUUGAGCUCUCACAAACUACACUCUGUUCUAGAUCAGCGAGUCUUUGCAUUAACAUGGCGCAAAGAACUGCUUUAUAUUUCAGCUCCAGUGUGUAAGUGUAGCACGGGAACUAUUCCAUGUAUCUUUUACACAGAUUUCUGCACUGAGUGACCAUGCGACUAAAGCUGUCUGACAAAAGCAGCCUGCAUAACACGUCACUCACGCUUUAAGCUCUAUGCACCUGUUUUCUAGUGGCACAUCCGGUGAAGGUGCCGCCUCUUGAGCCACGUAUACAAAACAGGCCAUAGGUUUUCGGGAUGAAAAGCACUUUCGGAAGCUGGGCGUCUUACGUGGUUGAGUAUGAAAAAUGUAUAGGCUUUGUUUAGAGUGUGAACAAUGCACAAUGGUGGUGCUGACUUUGUGAUAAGGGAUUGACACUGGGAAAUGGCUAACACUUAUCUGUUUAAAAUCUUAAAUACACUUCCGUUCUUUACACUUGUUUUUUUGUUUGUUUGGGUUUUUUUUUUUUUGAAAGGCACAUCAACGUUGGCACCUAUGUCCAUCUGACAAACUUGCCUUUUUAAUCCAAAUUGAAAUAUUCAUCAUUUUGGGAUUUCUUGUCAUAAACUUGCAUUUAACUACUAUACAGUUACCACUAGUUAUUCAUUAUUUCAUUUUAUCAUUACUACUAUAAUUCAUUAUAAAUUCAACCAGUAUAUUUAUUAGCUGACAACAUUGAGGCUUUGAAAAGGUAUUUCUUGUGACUGACUUUUUAUAUAUGUAUUUUUUUUUCUUUUAAAUCAAACUGUUAAUAUGCUUUAAUAAAUUUUAAAUAUUAACAAAGUCAAGCAUCUGAAACAAAACCUUGAAUCAUUGAAUCAGCUAUUUUUAUUUUUAUUUUUUUUUUUAAGUCUUGUAUUCUUUGCAACUACAUAUGCCACCUUAAAAGUGUGUGUAUGUGGAUUCUGAGACCAAGUGAUAGUUCUAUGUUUGUACAGAAAUUUAUAAGGUAAGAUAUGUCUGUAUUUUUAUAUUUUGUCAUCCUGAGCAUUGACACUUCUGCAUACAGUACGUUCUUAGAAAACAAUUCUCUGAGUUAAAAAAAAAACAAAACAGUCAAAGCUUCUGAACAA